AUGGCACCAUCCGAUCAAGUCAUCUCUGGUGCACGUCUUGCAACGAUCACGAACCUGGUCGCUCUUAAUCCUCCUCUGUCUCACUCUAUCCUCAACCGAAUGGCAGAAACUCGCAAGGAUUGCAUGUUUGCUACGCGGGUAGUUUGUGAGCGACUUGAUGAUAAGGCUGUGAGGAAUUUCUCUUGAUC